AUGUCGGCGUCCAGUCUGGCUCCAGCUGUGUCAUCACCAUUCACCCGAGCUGUGGUGAACGCGAUGAGAAAGCUCUAUCCGGAAUCGUUGGCGGAUAAGAGUUUCGACAACACUGGAUUACUGCUGGAAGCACCGUUCAAUCCAGAGAGACGGCAGAAGAACUCGGUGCUGCUGACGGUUGAUCUAACCAAAGCCGUCGCGGACGAAGCUAUUGAACGGAGAGAUUCAAUCAUCAUUGCUUACCAUCCCAUCAUCUUUCGAGGGCUCAAGUCCCUCACACUCCAGGAUCCCCAGCAGCAAUCUCUGCUUCGACUGGCACAGGAAGGAAUCAGUGUUUACUCCCCGCAUACAGCCGUCGAUGCCGUCCCCGGUGGGAUGGCAGACUGGCUCUGUGACAUUGUGACCGGCGCCGUUACCGGUCAAUCGACGUCAUCAGGGAAAAAUGAAGAGAUCCCUUCCAGGUCUUACUCCAACCCGAUAUAUCCUCAACUGAAAGGGAACAACUCUCGCUCUACCGUUGUCAUACCUCACACCCGAAGCACCAUCCACCCGUCUCCUGCUCCCGUGCCGGAGGGCUUCGAGUCUGCUGGCAUGGGACGCAUGGUGACCUUCGCUUCUCCUCAGCUUCUGGCCUCUCUGAUUGACCGCAUCGGCCGGGCUGCUGGAAAUCCUGCUGCAAUCUCUGUUGCAGUUCCGCAGUCCGCCUCCGUGGAUUCAAUGCAAAUCAGCACCGUAGGCGUCUGCCCCGGUUCCGGCGCCGGUGUGCUGAUGAAGGGACCCGUCCUCCCAGAUCUUCUGUUGACCGGAGAAUUGAGUCAUCACGACGCAUUGGCUGCCAUCGAACGCGGUUCGGCCGUCAUUGCUCUUUUCCAUUCGAACACGGAGCGGGGCUACCUGCACGACGUCCUACAACAAAAGUUGACGGACGCUCUCCGGGAGGAACUGCGCGCUCAAGCUGACACAAUUGAAGGAGACGAGGCAUUCAGCGUAGACGUGAGUGAGAGGGAUCGCGAUCCGUAUGGGAUUGCCAUACGGCAGACUUGA